AUGUUCGGAAUCAUCAACGUUAUUGGUAGCAUCGCAACUGUAUUCCCGGAUCAAUCCUAUUGGCAAGCUAGCACAGCAGCAAAGCCACUUGAAGGUGUAUUUGGCAUUCUGGCAGGAGCGAUGAUCUGGUUCAUCAUUCCAUAUGCUUUCGGUACAAUCUGCGGACUUGGAUACCUCGGCCUUGGUGUUCUCAAUGGAACGGAUUUACUUACAAGCAAUGAUGUUAACGAUGGUUAA